GAGCCGCUGUGCGCCGCCCGGCAACGGCUACGCGGCCGGUCGAGGGAUCCAUCUUGGAUCGGCCUCCGCAGGUGCUAGCUGAAGAUGCAAUGAAGCUGCUGAAGGAGGUGGCAGAGGUCGCAGCCUCCACAGGCCCAGAGGUGGGUCUGCGCCGAGGGCUUCAGGCUGCGCAGGCGGCUGCUGCUACUGCUGCAGAGGUUGCGCAGAAGCCACCCGCAGAACUGGACGAAGCUUUUGUCGCCAAAGUCUUGCGAAAGCUCUUCGAGCGCUUGGGGUCGACCUACGUGAAGCUGGGACAGUUCAUUGCCUCCUCGCCCACAGUUUUCCCGGCGCCUUACGUCAAGGAGUUCCAGCGCUGCCUAGACUCCACAAGCACUGUCUCCUUUGUAGAGGUGAAACGCAUCAUCGAACGUGAGUUGGGGCAGCCGCUGCGCAACGUCUUUGCCUACGUGGACCCCACGCCUCUUGCUUCCGCCUCAAUCGCGCAAGUCCACACAGGACGCCUUCGGGACGGAAGUGAGGUGGUGGUCAAGGUGCAGAAGCCUGGUAUUGAAGAGGUGCUCAAAACGGACCUAGGCGUCGUCUACCUGGCUGCGCGCAUACUGGAGUUCAUUAAUCCGGACCUCAACAUCCGCGGGUCUUUAGCGGACAUUGCCUCCGACCUCCGCCAGUCAAUGCUGGGCGAGCUAGAUUUCCGAGAGGAGCAAAAGAAUUUGGACGUGUACCGUGACUUCCUGGAGGAGAAUGGCCUCACGGCCAUUGCAGUGGCACCAAAGCCUUACCCAGAAGCUUCGUCAAAGCGCGUUCUCACCAUGGAGCGCCUUUCGGGUGUGCCUUUGGUGGACCUGGAGGGCAUUAAGAAGUACACCAAAGAUCCAGAGUUGACGCUUGUGAACGCGUUGAACGUGUGGGCACUCUCCGUGCAGAAGUGCGAGUUCUUCCACGCGGACGUCCAUGCAGGGAACCUGCUGGUGCUUGAGGCCUGCAUUUGGUGGCAUUCGCAUGCACAUCUGCUGGGGGAAAAAUUGCUCGAACGUGCAACAUCGGACUUGAGUUUGUGA